AUGUCUUCCAGCUCGCACAGUCGCGGCAGCCAAGCCCAUGGCAUCCAGUCCACGGCCGUGGAGCAGCUGCACAACUUGCAGCCGCGAGCGACGGACAGAGCCCCAGAAAGAGAGAAGGCUGGUGGCGAUUGUUCAGAUCACAAUUCGCUCCAGAGGACGCUCACGGGGUAUUCGGCCAAAACUCUGAGCUGGAAGAAGCGUAUUCGCCAUGUUACGUGGGCAUAUUUCACCAGUACCAUGGCCACCGGUGGUUUGGCUAAUGUUCUAUACCAAGUCCCUUACCGUUUUCGCGGUCUCGAUACAAUUGGAAUUGUUGUCUUUUUGAUUAAUAUCGCCCUGUAUCUUUUCAUCUGGGGCCUGCUGAUUGCAAGAUUCUAUAAUUACCCCUAUACCUUCAAAGCUUCGUUUCUGCACCCCACCGAGUCUCUCUUCGUCCCCGCGUCGGUUGUGUCUUUCGGAACUAUCUUGAUUAACGUCUCCCAGUAUGGUCCACAAAAUGCGGGCUCGUGGCUGGUUGAGGCUGUCGGGAUCUUGUUUUGGUUUGAUGCUGCCCUUGCCGUGAUAUUGUCGGCGGGCAUAUAUCUUCUUCUGUGGUCGACUCAGACUUUCACCAUCGCCCAGAUGACCCCCAUUUGGAUUUUCCCUGCCUACCCUAUGCUUAUUAUUGGGCCACAUGCUGGCAUCUUGAGUGCUAAAUUAGACCCGGCCCGCUCACUACGCAUCAUCAUCGGAGGCACCACCAUUCAAGGUGUCGGGUUUCUGGUGUCCAUGAUGGUGUACUCGGCCUUUAUCUACCGCCUCAUGACGCAGAAGCUACCGAGGGAGAAUAGCCGACCGGGCAUGUUUGUUUCUGUCGGUCCAAGUGGCUUCACCGUAGCCGGUAUCGUGAACAUGGCCGCCAACGCGAAACGCUGUUUCCCCGCUGAUUUUAUGGGAAAUGGAGCUCUCGCCGCUGAUGUUUUGAAGGUGGUCGUUAACUUCGCUGCCCUGUGGUUGUGGGGCCUGGCCAUGUUCUUCUUUCUUAUUGCCAGCGCAGCCCACCUGUCUGCGAUUGGACCGGGCAAGAUGGUCUUUUCAAUGACCUGGUUCUCGUUUAUAUUUCCCAAUACUGCUUUGAUCACGGCUACAUUUGCCAUCGGCGAGGCAUUCUCAUGCAAGGCUAUCAACAUUUUGGGGCUAGUAGCGGUAUUCCCGUUGUUUCUGAUGUACUUCUUUGUGUGUUACAAGAUGUUGCGUGCUGUCUAUCUUCAUCAGAUCAUGUGGCCGCAGAAAGGCGAAGAUCGCGAUGAAGGUGGGUUUGAAAUCCACAACAUCAAACCAGAGGCUGAGGGCUCUGGCGAGAAUAUUAUGGUAUAA